AUGGUUUCGGGUAGAGGCAGUUACGGUAUCAAUGGUGGUGGCAGUAGUGGCAGUGGUGUUGACUGUGGUGGUGGUGGUGGUGGCGAAGGCGACGACGGUGGUGGUAAUGACAAAAGUGGUGGUGGUGAUGGGGGUGAAGGUGACAGUGCUGACGAUGGUGAUGACGGUGGUGGCAGUGACGACGGGUGGUGGCGGCAACAACGACGACAGGAGGUGGUCACGGGCAUGACGGUUACGACAACAGUGUUGACAUCCAUCAUGAUUGGAUGGAAUGGAAUGGCAUAA